CAUUUCCUGGUUGUUGGCCUCCGUGUGCAUUAGCAAUAUGGCGGGAUACAAACGCUGUUGGAAGUUGAAAUAUGAUAGAAGCAUACUGAUGAUUUAUCAGUUGUUAUUUGCCUUACUGAUAAUUUCACCAAUCGCCUCGUCAGAAAAUAGCGUGUUGACCGUCGCAGACGCAAACUGGACUGUCAUUUUAGAAGGAGAGUGGAUGUUGAAAUUCUAUGCCCCAUGGUGUCCAGCUUGUCAGCAUCUUCAAAAUGACUGGGAUGGGUUUUCAAAACAUAGCGAGGCCCUGGAUAUCUCUGUUGGGAAGGUGGACGUAACACGACAGCCAGGUCUGAGUGGGCGGUUCCUUGUGACAACACUGCCAACUAUAUUCCAUGCUAAAGACGGAAACUUCCGGAGGUAUAUGUCCUCCCGGUCGGUUGAGGACUUCCAAGCGUAUAUCUCUCAGAAGAAGUGGGAGGCAGUGGAGCCCUUGCCAGGAUGGAAAUCACCAUCCUCUUUCCUUAUGUCUGGCAUGGCAGCUCUCUUCCGCCUCUCCGUCUGGAUCAGGCAAAUUCACAACUACCUGACUGAUAGCCUUGGCAUUCCUGUGUGGGGUUCCUACAUCAUAUUUGCACUUGUAACCUUGUUCACCGGGCUGCUUCUGGGCCUGAUGCUGGUUUUGAUCGCAGACUUCUUUUGGCCAUCCAGACCAAAGCAAUAUGAGCUGAAGUCUGGCACAAAAGCUGGAUUGAGGGAUGAAGGCUCUGAAGAAGAGAUGGAGGAGAGGAGAGCGUGGGAUGCCGACAACGAGCACGUCUCUGGCGAGGACUCCACCGAGGACGACGCCACCCCUGUCGCAGAAAUGGCAGACAUCGCCGCGGCAACCUCCGCACACAGCGACGCCCCUACAGACCUGAGGAAGAGAAAGCCCAAAGAGUCCCAGAACUCCCCAGAGGGCACCUAACGCCCACCAGCACACCCUGAACCACACUCUGCUCACCUUCUUUUUAUAUCCGACCCACAGUGUUUCCUGUUUUUAAAACGUCCAGCCUCCAUUUCACACCAGCCACGUGAGGUCAUUACCUACAUACGCACCAUGUUCUUCCAGGUGGGCUUUUUGCAUGAACAGAGCAGUGUAGUCCUCUCCCUGGAGGUCAAUGCCAAAUCUUUUUCUGACAGGCCUCUUGGAGUGUUUUGAAUGUGUUAAAAGAGUUGCUAUUAUUUUCCGUCACAUGCCAAAACAAUGAUAUGCAGUAUAACAACAAAGAUUAAAAACUACAUCCAAAUAACUCCAAUUCACCACCAUAUAACCAUGUUCACCAUCUUUUUAGGAUGAAAAAGUACUUUUUCACUCCCUGUUAACAAAUUUGCAUAUCUAAACCAAAAGGAUUUGGAAGGAAACACAUAAAGUGUUCAAUACUGACGCAGCAAAUAGUUUAUUGAUGUCCGAUGACUUUGAGAAAACAAUAAAUAGAUAUGCACAGGUGAUUUAUAGCAGUCCCUCCAGAAGACAAUCAUAGCUCUAGUCUAGCAGUUUCAGUCAGCCAUGAUGUUUUAUUUGAUCUGGAUGUAUGUUAUUUUUGGUUUUACUCUCAGGAGAGUGGGGGUCCGACUCUGGUAUGUUCUUAAUGAUCACUUAAGAGAUGGUUGGGGAGCAUUUAACAGGACUUACGUGAGCCUGAACAGCUCCACUUCUGUAAGUCGACAUGUUUGCAGUCGACAAGUAUGCAGUCACGAUUAGUGCACAGUGCACACAGUGCCCGAAGGCAUGGAUGGUUCUGUUUUUUAGAGAAAAUGAGCCUAAAACAUGCUCUUACAUGCAAGGAUUACAAGUGUGUCCUUACUACGUGUUCACUGCCUUGAAACAGUUAAAUAAGUAGAUAUCAGGCAAUGGAAAUGGACUUUUUUCCCUGAAAGACGCCAUUGAAAUUACCAAUAGUUUUAUUUAUAUAUCUGAUUUUAAUGAUUAAGAUUAUAUGCACAUUCUUAGAUUUGAAGAUUUGGGUGCUUUUUGUGAUGUAUGAACAUUUUGAAGUAAUUUUUGAACUUUCUGUUUUAUAAGGCAAAUAGACUGUUGAAAAGAAUACAUUGUAUUGAACACAGGUGUGAGAAUACGCAGUGUUUACAAAGUUGUCAAUUUUGUAUGAAGUAAUUACCUAAUUGUUGGAAAACAAUAUUUCACUUGAAUUUAUUCUGCCGACUGCAAAUAACAUUAGUCCAAUGAACACAUCAACUCCAAUCCCAGUUUUUGGGAGCUUACCUGUUUGCUUCUUAGACUAUUUGCAUGCAGACACUUUUAUGGGGCCAAAAAUACAUACAGCCUAUACUGUAUAUUCGACAAGCAAAGCUAAACAUCAGACCCAUCAUUGCUCUUUUUAAGUUCUGUUAUGAUAAAUGUUUUACUAGAGUAAUCUACCGACUUGUUUUUCUUGUUUUUCAUCAAGAAGUCUGAUUGUGCCAUUGUUGAUUUUGUAACUGCUCUAUUUCCAGACUGAAAUAUUUGUCUUUGUGUAAAGUGUGUAAACUGUGUGUCUUUUGAAGUUUAGGUUUCAGAUAAAAAAAAACUGCUUUGACUUUUCUAAACAAUCCAAUUAUUUUACUUUGUAUGUUAUGUUACGCUGUUAUUACCUGGUUUGUAAAUGAAAAUUGAAAAUUCUGAUUUCUGACAUCAAUAUGUGUAAGUAGUAUAUUGUAAAUGUUAAGAGAUGUGAAUGAAAGACGCCUGAAAGUCA